AGAGUACAUCAUUGUAAGGGACUGACUAGGCGACUCGGCACGCGAACUGUCAUUUUCACAUUUUAACCGCCGAGUUGCCAAGCCCAGGAGAGCCGUUAUUCAGUCCGUCGAAGUUGUUGUUCAUGCAAUGGCAGUGUCAUCAGUGUUCCCAAUUUUCCUCACCUUCAACCUGGUGGGCAGCAGCUUUUCAGAGAAUGAAGCUUCUCUUCAAAUGUGCACAUCCUUCAAGUGGCCCUUCACCCCACUUUGUGACUUGGGCACUGUAUGGGGUGUGGUGGUGCCAGUGGGAGUGGGCGGGGCAGCCCUGGCCUCCCUCAUCCUGGCCCUGGUGCUGCUUAAUGCGGAACAUCGAGGCAACCCUAUGGGUAGUUGCGAUCACCAUGAAUCAGAGCUAGCUAGCCUGUCGGUCCCGGCCACAGGACCUCACCAUGGCUUUCAUUUAUGUGCUGGUCCUCCUCAGUGCGGCGCUCUCUGGGGUGGCAUGCAGCUGGUUCCAGAGGCAGCCCUCAAAAUGCAGGGUGGCAUGGCUGCUUGCCACUUGGGUGGCCUCUGCCCUGCUGUGGGGUGCCAGGCUCUGCUUCCACACAUGUGCCAACGCAGCUCUCAGUCUUCCCUCCACUUGGGAUGACCUUGAGCAUGCGUUGGUGUUGGUAGUGCAGGCCUGGCUCCUGCUACUGCUGCAUGCCAUCCCAGAGGCCCACACCUGGCUGCGCCUAGCCUCAGAGCCCUGCCCGCAGACCCCAGCCAACGUCACCGCCACUGGCUUCAGUGAGGAAACUUCCCUGUCCUCCUGGCCAUUUCUGCACAUGCAUGGCUCCUGCUCAAGUCACAGCAGUUCAGCCAGGAUCACCGACUUAGAAGCAGGGCCCAGCACCACAUUCGGCAGCAACCAACCGACCACUAUUACCAUCCUGGACGAGGAAGCAAUAAGUGUAGCUUCUCAUUCAGCACCUCACACAGACACACAGCCGUGUAAUCAGGAAACUAGUCUGCAUAAGCUGACCUCCAUCUGUGGAGAGCGCACAAGCUCCUUUAGAGAUGGACAGAUGUCAGCAGACCAUCAGGAGAGCUGGACAAUCAUCCCAUUACAUAAUUAACUUCAAGUUGAAGUUAAAGUUUAUUGUAAUAUGUAUUAAAAAUAUACAUUGUACAAAUAC